AAUGAAACCUCUUCGUCCCCAGUUCCUUCUCAUCUUGGUCAUCUACUGCUUCUGCAUGCUACAGAUUCCCUCCUCAGGAUUUCCCCAACCUUUAGCUGAUCCUCCAGAUGGCUUGGAUAUUGUGCAGCUUGAGCAACUGGCAUAUUGUCUGAGUCAGUGGGCAUCUCUUUCUCGCCAACCUAAGGAUAAUCAAGACAUAUACAAAAGGUUUUUGUUUCACUACUCCAGAACUCAGGAGGCAACACAUCCAGUUAAAACUGGGUUUCCUCCAGUGCAUCCUCUAAUGCACCUGGCUGCCAAGCUCACCAACAGACGGAUGAAGAGAUUUCUGCAGCGAGGUUCGGGGACUGCUGCAGUGGACUUCACCAAGAAGGUACACAAGAGCCUUGGAGACUGUAACCCCCAAAGAAAGCCCUACCUGAGAAGGGUGGGGAAGUCCUUGGAGCCAGCCACCCUGCAGCCCCUCCAGACCACUUCUGGGCAGAGCUAG